AUGUCAUCUCUGGUGAAAGAGGACUUGGAGAAGAAACUGUUCAAACCACUCUCACAGCAUCUCUAUGAAUUUAUCGAAAUCGAGUUCCCAGCCCAGGAUAGGUACUACCUCUGUGUAUCAGUGACUAAAAGAGAAGAAGUAAAAAUAAUUAUCGUGAAACACUACAGAAUAGGUCUAGAUGAAAAAUACGAAGUAACCAAAAAAUGGUCUUUGAAUGAUCUGGAGAUGAUUGACGGAAAAGAAGCAGAUACUGAUAACCCAUUUUUUGAUCUGCAUUUCAAGAAAGUCUACCGUUUGGAAGCUUAUAGUUGUGCUUCUAAAUAUGCCUUUGCCCGAACCGUAAACAAGUUAAAUCAUGCUUAUCUUAAAAAGGAUCUACAAAUUGUAAACUUUGAUGCUACCUACAUAAAUGAUGAUUCGAUUUGGUCUUCCAACAACAAGGACUGUUUAGUCCUUAUGAGAAUAUGCUUCUAUGCUUUCAAUCUCUUGUGUCUCUCUCUCUGUCCUCUGCCACUUUGA